AUGCGCAUAACGCUUCUCGCGCCCAUCAACGGCGCGUUCACCUCCCUGCCGGCCGUCACGCGCCGCUACCUCACGCGCCGCGCCAGCGUCAUGCACCGCGUGCUCGCCUUCCACACUCUCGGCCGGAAGCUCUCUGCCGCUCAGCUGGCACAACUACCGGCAGGCUCAUUGGUCCUCCCCUCUCUCCUCAACUACCCCUCCCUCUCUCCCUCCUCUGCCACUCCCUCUCUUUCCAUCCCCCCACCCCAAAAUCCUCCCUCUCGCCUGCGCUGA